UUCACCAUUAGAUGGCUGAGGCGGAAGCUGAUAGUCCAAUUGAUGGAGGCUAUGAUGCUGAUUUUGUGCAACCACUGGAUAAGGAUCUCGAAUGCCCGGUUUGCUUGUUAGCACUGAGAGAACCGAUGCAGACAUCAUGUGGACACCUUAUGUGCAGAGUGUGCAUUAACAAGAUCACACGACACAGACAGUUUCGAUGUCCUAUUGACAACACAUGCUGCCUAAAAAGCAAGGUCUUUCCAGACGCCUACAAUGAACGAAGAGUGUUGAAUCUCACCGUCAGAUGUGCGAACCACUCAAUAGGGUGUACGUGGACCGGAGAGCUACGAAAAUUGGAAACACAUCGUUGCUCGCUAUCCAGUUGUGUAUUCAAGAGCGUAGGAUGCACUCACACGGGUAGCAUAGAUGAUGGCGAGCAUGAAGAGACACACAUGAAGAGUCACGUUCGUCUCCUCCUGGACGCUGUGACGACUCAGAAUGAAAAUCUAACUGAGCAGGUCGUCGAAUUGACUCGCCAAGUUCAGAGUCUUGAAUUGACAGUCGCCACGUUGCAACGACACGAAACGACCAAUCGGGAGGGAGGAAAUUUUACUUGCCGUUGGACGAUCGAUAAUUGGCCGGAGGUUUUGCAAGCAGCGAAAAACGAAUCAGACAAUUUGCGUUCGCAUCGAAUCCUGAGCAGACCGUAUUACGUCAGUCAUCCAGGACAUAAGGUGUGCCUUGAGGCGUUUCCUUGUGGUACACAAGCCGGACAAGGUGGCUACCUUAGUAUCUACAUGAAGGUGAUGAAGGGACAAUACGACGACAAUCUUGAUUGGCCGUUUAGGUUUAUGUAUUCGAUCUCGGUCGUCGACCAGAAGGCUGGAGGGAUGAAUAAGACUCGAUCGAUUGAUCCACCGGUUGAACCUGAUGGAACGCCGUUUGUUCGUCCUCAGACAGACAAGAAUCCCGGUCGUGGAUGGGCACAGUUUAUAAGCCACUCUGAUCUACUGACUAGACAAUACAUAAAGGAUGGUAAUCUGGUGAUACAGCUUGACGUUUAUCUAACAUAAAACGUGACUGCAGUCACUUGUAUUAUUCGUAUUACGUUUGUAUGGCGAUUCAGAUUUCUCUUCGUUUUUUUUUGAUCGAUUGUAUCUGAACUUGAUUGAGAUUAUCCUCCUGGAAAGGAGUGUGUGUGUUAGUGAUGUGGGAAAUGUUUUACAAAAAUUUUUGUACAAAAUUGCAAUGAAUCUUUUAUUAAUCCCACCUGUUGUAUAA